AUGGGGAAAUUCAUGUUGAGCUUCAUCCUGGGCAUUGCCCUAGGUGACUGGCUCAGUGUUUUCUCGGCCGCUGCAUUCAACCAUCACAGGCGAGCUACUACAUGUGAUUUCAGCAAUACCUUUGCUUUGUCAGUGGAAGAGCAGAACCUAAACCAGGAACUUCCAAACUAUGGACUGUUCGGUCCAACUUUGAUCCAAAAGGCGGGCUUCGUGCCGCAGGUUGACCAGAUUUCGAACAACUUCUGUGGUGCCGACUCUUUUGAUAAAGCCAAACAAAGCGUCCGGGAGGCAGGCAAAUUGCUAUUCCGGUUUGCUGUUGGCCGAGCGCAGAACGACAAUACUGGUGGAGAGGUUGAUCGAUACGACGACCGCCCGCUCUACUGGGCUCGUCUGACUCUAACCAAGGCAAUCAAACAGUGGAAGUCGGGUUUUGAGAUGUCUGAUGACGCCCGAAAGGAACUUGUCACUACGUUUGACUUGGCGUCACGCGGCCUGGAUUCGGUUAGCUUUCCCACGGGCAACAGUGCCCGCCGCGUAAUGGUUGCCGGUUUCGAUCCGUUUCAGUUAAAUGCGGACAUCAGGACCGCCAACCCGUCCGGUGCUAUAGCACUACAGCUAUCUGGGAAGACAUUCAACACUUCAGAUGGUCCCAUCGUCGUGCAUGCAGUGGUCCUACCAGUGCUGUACGGAGAGAAUGGCUUUGACGAUGGCGUCGUAGAAGCAGCCUUUGGCCCUGCGCUUCAAGACGCAGAGCGGCGUCCAGACGGGAUCGUGACCAUAAGCCAGGGUCUUCCUGAACAAUUCGACAUUGAGCGCUGGGCUGGCGGUUGGCGAGGGGGUUUCCCGGACAAUAAUAACGUGAAAUCUACCGGACCGGUUCCCCCAGCAGCGGGCUGGCCGCAGCCAAAUAUCAACUUUAUUGAAACGACGUUACCAUACCAGCAGAUGCAAGAUGCCGCCACUGGGCCUUUCAAGGUCCGUUACAACACGGAAUUUUGCGAAUGGCCCAAGGGCUCGCCAACUACCGAGCCUUGUAUUAGACACGAUUCCGGGGUCCCGGCGGCGGAUAGCACCCCGGCCGAAGGAGGUGGUGGCGACUACUUAUCUAACGAGUCCAUGUAUAGAGCCAACCGACUGCGCGUCGGUCUUGAGUUGGCCAACGUCCGCGGCGGCCACCUUCACGUUCCCGUCCUUGGCUUUCCUGACGGGAACGCGCCCUCUGACCAAAAGUUUGAGAAAAAGCGGCUAGACAUCAUCAGCCAGGCCUUGCAACUUGUCGAAGCUGUAGGUAAACCAUAG